AUGGCAAUUGAAAUCAUCAACUUUAACCAACUCAUCCAAAGACAAUCUUUGGAUAGAUUCCCAACCACUCUAUUCCCAACCAACUAUUUCUACAUUGCUUUUUGUAUCAUUGUUUUCUUAUAUACCAUCCAAAAGCGUGACAAGAAGUCAUCAAGUCGCUUUAUGGAAAUACUCUCAUCCAAUCAAUCAAUCAGUAUUUUAGAAAUCAACUUUAACAAUCGUAUUGUUAAAUCCAACAAUAGUUCAGUAUCACUCGAACAAUUCUGCCAAUCAUACCUCAUCGACUCAAUCACCCUCCAAAAUAAUAUCAUCUCAUCAAUGAAUCAAUUUUCUCCAAGUGACGUUCAAAUCAAGAGCAAGAGCUGCUCUUCCUAUUACCGUCUCACUGGAAAGUAUGAUGCUGCCACCAGUGUCUUCCAAGGAAUCAUGAUUGACAACAGCCAAGAAAAACAACAACUCAAGAAGCUCAAGAACACCUUGACUCACGAUGCACUCACCGGUCUCCAAAAUAGAUACCACCUCAACAACAAGAUUCAAAAGUUAUGUGCCAAGUUUUCAUCAGACCAAUGCUCAAUCUAUUUCAUCGACCUCAUCAAAUUCAAACAAAUCAACGAUACUCAUGGACACGACAAUGGUGAUGUUGUCCUCAGAUCAGUUGCCGAUCGUUUCCAACAAUUCGCCGACGAAUCAGUUCUCCCAGUCCGCCUUUCUGGCGAUGAAUUCCUCAUUGUCAAACGCAAUGUAGAAUCAAACACACAAGCUGAUCAAUUCAUUUCCAGCUACCUCUCACGUGUCCAAUGCGACACUGUCCAACUCAACAACUCAAACUUCAAUUCAAACAACACAAUCAUUACUACUACUACCUAUCAACAAUUAAAAAUCAAUCAUUUAUUUUACAUUCAUUAUCCAAUCAUGAACCCAUUAAUUAUUAUCUUUAUUUUGUGUAUCCUUGUAUCAUCUGUUUUUGCCAAUUUGUCUUGCAACAACCAAUAUGUCUUUGUCAACGACACCAACUCAUUGUCAUCAUCUUUUUCAUUGUUCAACCAUGUUGAACAACAAUCAAAUAUCAUCCAAAAUAAAAAUAUUUCUUUGUCUAUGAUGAUGCAGCCAUCAUCCGUUUCAUUGGCAUCUUUUAAUCAUUUUGAACAUCCAAUCAUUCUUAACAAAAAAAAAAACAACAAAAACAACAUCAACUACAAUAAUAAUAUUAACAGUAAUAAUAAUAACGAUAUCCAUUCAUCUAUUUCACAAACCCAAUUUGAUUCAAAUCAUAUUGUUUCUCAAUGUCAUUUACCAUCAAACCAUACUUUUAUUCCUGUCUAUAACAAUAACAAAAACAACAACAAAAAUAAUAAUAAUAAUAAUUUAUCUUUUAAUCCAUCAAUUUCAAUUCCUUUUAAUGUUUUGUCCCAAUCCCAUUUCCAGUUACCCUUUAAUCACUCAACCAACAACCAUAUUAUUUUCUAUGACGACCAAGAGGAAGAGGAAGAGUAUGUUCAAUUGAACAGCAACAGCAGCAACAACACCACAAUCUCAUGUUUCAACCAUGUUGAACAUCAAUUAAUUUCCAUCAAAUAUCCAUUGCCAAUUAGCAGUUUUCCAUCGUUUUCACACAAUAUUCACUUUAACUCAAGCCAUGUUUUGUUUAUCUCAAAUCAUUCAACACCCAAAAACCAUAUUAUUUUAGAGGAGGAGGAGGACUUCAACAACAGUCCAAUUUCAAUUUGGUGUUUCAAUGUUAACCAUCAAUCAAAUCUCAUCUUAGAGGAGGAGGAGUCUGUUCAAUUGAACAGCAACAGCAAUACAAUCUCAUUUUCAUAUUUCAACCAAUCAAUUCCCAUAGAUAAUAAUAAUAAUAAUAAUAAUAUCUCAUUCUUCAAUGACCAUCAAUCAUCGAUUCCAUGUUUUAAAUCUAGUGAUAUUUUAACUCAUUCAACAACCAACAACCACAUUUUUUUAGACAAGGAGGAGGAUAAUCAAUCAAAUAAUAAUAAUAAUAAUAAUAACUAUUUUUCAUUAAUUCAUUCAUCAUUAUUAUUGAUUUCACCUAUUCCAUUUUCAUCUGAUUAUUUUAACUCUUCAAACAAAUCCACAUCAUCAUCAACAUUAUAUAUAUUAUCAAAUACAAUCAAUUCAACAAUAUCAAAGACAAGCCCAUUUUCAAGAUACUCCAGCAACAUCUCAAGAAUAAGUAUCAGCAAUGUACUAUUGUCGAUAAAUGAUAGAUUAUGGUGGAUGAUAGUUACUAUUAGAUCCUCUGUCAUCCUCUAUCCACCAUCUACCAUCCACCAUCAAUCAUCCACCCUCUAUUCACUGGUUGAUUAUCGUCAGCCAUCCGUCUUCUCCAAUCCAGCCACCAUUGCGCAUAUUCAACCAUCGUCCAUUACUUAUUUCUAUCUCAUUCAAUUCACCUCUAUACAUCCACCAACCAUCCAUUUUCCCAAUCCACUAUCCUCUAUCCAUCCUCUAUCCACCAUUCAUCCAUCCUCUACCCUCUAUCCAUCCAUCCAUCCAUCCAUCCAUCCAUCCUCUAUCCAUCUGUCCAUCCUCUAUCCUCUAUCCUCUAUCCAUCCAUCCAUUCUCUAUCCAUCCAUCCAUCCAUCAUCUAUCCAUCCUCUAUCCAUCCACCAUGCAUCCUCUUUAAUAGAGCCAACAAUAAUUAAUAAUUAA